ACGCGGCGGCGGCCGGAGGGAAGCGACGCGAGGCGAGGCGAGCGGGAGCGGGAGCGGAGCCGCACUGAGCGGGCGGCUGCCAUGACAGACACUCGGUUUACCAGUUGCAGAUGGAUGCUGUUGACUUUCUGGCACAGUACAGGCAUUUGAAAACCCGUCUGCAAUGCACAAUUGAAGAAAAACAUAAAGUCUGUGGCACUUGCGUAAGACUGCAAUGACAAGUCAGAACAGUAACCAUGAAGAACGAGCAGUUUCUAUGUCGUCGACACCAAAAGUUCAGGUUCAGCGCUCGGUUUCAAGAGAGACCCUCACUAUACACUUCUCUGCCUUUGGUAAGGAAGAGGAGGAAGAGGAAGAAGAAGAAUUUGAAGAUUCCUCCAUAACUUUUCAUGAGAAGGUGAAAGACCAAAGUUUUGUACCAGAACUUGAAGCAAAAGAAGGUACUUUUGAACAUGGUGGCCAACUUUUAGCAGAGUCAGCUACCUCAUCAGGUAUACCAUUAGAUUCAGUUGUAAUUUCAGUCCCAUCUUCAGCAACAGCAAUGACCUCUUCUAAGCCAUUGAGCACAUCAGUUGCAUUGCCUUCUGCAUCACUCGUAGUUACUGCAGUGCCAUUGUUCUCAUUACCAGCCCAGCCAUCAGACUCUGCCAUUUUGACUUCAGAAACAAGACCUGCAACUGCUGUCUCCAUAUCUAGUUCUCCAUCUAAAUCUACUGUGCCCUCCAAUGUCUCAUCGUCUGCCGUGCCAAGCACAAGGCCAUUCAUGAGCUUAGUGAGAUCCAUGUCUACAGAAGUAGAACCUAAAGAAUCCACAACACCACUAAGACACAGGCAAUUGAUGAAAACAUUAGUUAAAUCUUUAUCAACAGACACUUCAAAACAGGAUUCUGAAUCUGUCCCAUUCAGGCCUUCUGAUUCACGAAUAAACUUACAUCUGUUCAAACAGUUUACUCAACCCCGUGUGACUGGAGGGGAUUCGAAGACCGCACCUUCUUCCCCGCUCACAUCUCCGUCGGAUGCCCGGUCAUUUUUUAAAGUACCUGAAGUGGAGGCUAGAAUUGAAGACACUAAAAGGCGGCUUUCGGAAGUUAUUUAUGAACCUUUUCAGCUCCUAAGCAAGAUGAUUGGUGAUGAUAGCAGUAGUGUUAGGCAUAAAGCCUUAUCAUCCAGUGCAACAGAACUUUCAAGUCUUUCCAGCUUAAACGGACAUUUGGAAAGCAACAGCUAUAGCAUUAAAGAAGAAGAAUGUGAUUCUGAUGGGGAGUGUUCAGCAAAAGAUUCCAUCUCAAGUAAAAGCACCUCCAAAUCUACUGAUGGCCUUUCAAAAGAAGGAGACACUAAAAGCUCACUUUUGGGGACCACAAAGGAAAUGCCAUUGAAGGCUUCUUCUCUGGUGCUGGAGAAAUGCUCACUUUCUGCGCUUGUCAGCAAAGAUGAAGACGACUUUUGCCAUUUAUACAGUGAAGGUAUUGAGUUGGAGCCCGGGGAAGAGAAUGUUGGGGAUAAAACUCUAGAACCUGUUACUGCAGAAGAAGCAUUUGAAGAUGAAAGUAAAGUAUUAGAGGAAGAUGAGACUGAGACUGAAGUACCGCUACCUGAAGUUCCUUUAAAAACUUUAUUACUCUUUACCAUGCUCGUCUAUUCCUAUAUAGUGCUCCCUCUCCCCAGUUAUCUCAGUGGGCUUUUCCUAGGUAUUGGCUGUGGAUUUAUGACAGCAAUUGGUAUAAUCUGGCUGCUUGUACCAAGAAAAUCCAGUGAUUAUCAACAGGCACAAAAAAGAUUUCACCGUGAACAACAAAAUACCGAACCGCUGGAUAUAAAGGAACCAGAAAUAUUUAAGGGCUGGAUGAAUGAAAUUUGCAAUUAUGAUCCUGAAACUUACCAUGCUACACUCACGCAUUCUGUCUUCAUUCGUCUUGAGGGGAGUGUACUAAGGCUUUCAAAACCUAAUAAGAAUAUUUCCCGAAGGGCUUCUUUUAACGAGGCUAAGCCAGAAGUCAUGUAUAUAAGUCAGAAGAUUUAUGACCUAUCUGACAGUAAGGUACAUUUAGUUCCAAAGAGUCUGGCCAGAAAGAGAGUAUGGAAUAAGAAAUAUCCAAUUUGCAUUGAACUUGCCAGACAGGAUGACUUUAUAUCAAAGACCCAGACAGAGAAAGAAAAUGCAGAAGAAAAGCCCCCUCUGGAGAAAGCAGAAGUUGCGCUUGAGGAAAGAAAAGUGGUCCCUUCACAAGAUGUUGUGAAGCCAACUUCUCUGAAGGAUCAAGUUCUAUAUCUUUUUGGAAGGACUGGCAGAGAAAAAGAGGAAUGGUUCAGGAGAUUCCUUCUAGUUUCAAAGGGAAAAACUGAUGUUAAACGACUAAUCAGUCUAGGGGGAGGCAUAACAGGAUUCAUCCCAUCACACAGUAGGAACAACAGUCAGUCAGGAAAACUCACCCACAGCCGCAACAGCAGCAAGGGAAGUGUUGAAGAAAUCGUGACACAAUCUAAACCGAAAGAUCUAACAGCUGCAGUCCGCCAGAAAAUGCUUCUGGACUAUAAUGUGUACAUGGCAAAAUAUAUUCCUCAAGAAAGCUGCAGCCCUAUCUUAAGUCCUGUCCAAAGUGCAGAAAGUAGUCCCACUAGUUGUAAAAAGUUGUCAAUAGGUCAGAAGGAUGACACAGACCAGCAAGUGGCUUGGGUCAAUGCACUGCUUGGGAGGAUAUUCUGGGACUUUCUAGGCGAGAAGUAUUGGUCUAACUUGGUGUCUCGAAAGAUCCAGAUGAAACUCAGCAAGAUUAGGCUGCCAUAUUUUAUGAAUGAGCUGACUUUGACGGAACUCGAUAUGGGAGUUGCUGUGCCCAGAAUCUGUCAAGCUUCAAAACCUUCAGUUAAUCACCAAGGUUUAUGGAUUGAUCUGGAGAUUUCCUACAAUGGGUCGUUUCUAAUGACCCUGGAAACUAAAAUGAACCUGACCAGACUAGGAAAGGAGCCAUUGGGUGAGGGAUAUAAAGUGGGCGACGUUGGCAAAGAAGGGAGUAGACCCAAAGCCUACUGUCUGGCUGACAGUGACGAGGAGUCCUCCAGUGCUGGAUCCUCAGAUGAAGAAGAUGCACAGGAUCUGAUGAGUGGGGACAAAGCACUUGCAGCAAUGGCAGAAGGAUAUGUGGGAGGACAUCGAACCAGCAAGAUAAUGAGAUUUGUGGAUAAAAUUACAAAGUCAAAGUAUUUUCAGAAAGCUACAGAGACUGAAUUUAUUAAGAAGAAGAUUGAAGAGGUCUCAAAUACACCACUUUUACUUACUGUGGAAGUUCAAGAGUGCAAAGGAACUCUCGCGGUGAAUGUUCCACCACCACCUACUGACAGAAUAUGGUACGGCUUCCGAAGACCACCCCACAUUGAGCUUAAAGCUCGUCCCAAACUGGGUGAGCGUGAAGUGACUAUAGCACAUGUAACUGACUGGAUUGAGAAGAAACUUGAACAAGAGUUCCAGAAAAUCUUUGUUAUGCCAAAUAUGGAUGAUGUGUAUCUUCCGAUAAUGCAUUCAGCCAUGGACCCACGGUCACCCUCAGUGUGGCCUGCAAGGGAGUCCCCAACAGAACUAGCUGAUCGACUGUGAUGUAUGACCGUUUAUGUUUACAGUAUAAUGAAGUUGCCAUUCAUGUGCUUUUAAACUGUGCCGUCAUCUGUCUUUGGAACCAUUUGUGCCACUAUACUUUUCGAGAAUACUGUUUGUUGUAUGUGCAGUUUGCUGAAUCUCUUUCACAAAAUGUAUUGUUAAUUGAUAAUAUUGUCAUCCAUUCCAAGNAAAAAAAGCCCAAACAUCUAUAUAUAGAUCAUAUGUAACUGUACUUGUAAAUGACUUGUUUGACCUGAAAUGCUUUGGUUAAAGUGGGCCCUUGUUGGCCUGGUGAGAUUUACAGAAACCUAAAUGAUGGUAUGGUUGCUUGAAAAGACCUUGAUGAAGGUGUAAAGAAAUGCAUGAUUUGCCUGUAGGUUUGAAGUACAUAUCAAUUACAGUAUAAAACACCAUUGACAUGACCUAGAAUUGCUAAUUCUAUACAAGCUGCCCUUGCGAUAUAUGUUUCGUAGUUAUUUGUCAUUCAAAAUUGUGUUUGCAACUGCAGCCUGUUUCGCUGAAGUCACUUGUUCUAUUGCUCCUCUGUUCAUGCUGUCUGGUAAGCACUGUAUACCUCUGCUAGCAACUCAAAUAUUUUCCCCAGGUCAAUUUUAUAAACUGUGGGAAAUAAUUUUGUACAGCUAAACAUCCUUAAAAUUUUGAAAACUUAUUCAGGUCCCAGUUUAAUAACUACAUGACUCCUGGCCAAUUUGGUAACAAUUUACUUGCAUGAAAAACCCUGCAACUCCCGCUAGCUUACAAUUAGCAGAUGAGUCUUGGGAAAAUUCACUUUGAGGUGGUUGGGGGCGGUGGGGCGGGAACGCAUGAGAACUGUUUUGAAGGACACAAAUUAAAAUGCAUUCUAUUUUUCAAUA